AUGGCGGCGGCGGCGGCCUCCUCCUCAGCGGGCCUCUCCGAGACCGACAUCGAGCGGGAGCCCGCGGCCGCAGCGCAGAAGCUGACAGCAGCCUUGGAACAGAAGCCAGACGACCCAGAAUAUUACUGCCAUCGAGCUUAUGCUUACAUUCUUCUACAGAAUUACCACGAUGCAAUUACUGAUGCAAAAAAAGCAUUAUCGCUGGAUCCUAAUAAUGCUGUAGCCUUUCUCAGGCAAGGAAUCGGUGAAUAUUAUUUGAAAAAUUACGCUUCUGCCCUGAAGUCUUUCGCUGAGGGACAAAAACAGGAUGGUGCUGAUUCAGCCUUUCCUGUCUGGAUGAAAAGAUGCGAAGAGGCCCUCAGUGCAUCUGGAUCACAGGCUGAAACGGCGUGGCCAUCUAAGAUCAAGUAUGACUGGUACCAGACAGAUUCUCACGUCAUUGUAACCAUUAUGAUCAAACAAGCGAAGCAAGAGGACGUAAACAUAACCUUCUUGGAGAAAGAGCUAAAGGCAUCGCUGAAGCUUUCCUCGGAGGAAAACUACAAGCUAAAACUUCAUCUCCUCCACUCCAUAGUUCCGGAGCAAAGUUUAUUUAAAAUUCUUUCAACCAAGAUUGAGAUAAAAAUGAAGAAACCGGAAGUUAUACGGUGGGAAAAACUAGAAGGACAAGAGAAUUCUCCUGAUCUGAAAAAAAGUGAACCAGCUUCAAAUCCCACGCUUCACUACCCAUCCUCUUCCCAUCAUACAAAGAAUUGGGACAAAUUAGUGGGAGAAAUCAAAGAAGAAGAGAAGAGUGAAAAAUUGGAGGGCGACGCGGCGCUGAACAAGCUUUUCCAGCAAAUUUAUUCGGAUGGCACAGAUGAAGUGAAACGGGCCAUGAACAAAUCAUUUAUGGAAUCGGGCGGGACAGUCUUGAGCACAAAUUGGUCAGAUGUAGGUAAAAGAAAAGUUGAGGUCAAUCCUCCAGAAGACAUGGAAUGGAAGAAGUUCUAAUCUCCUCCUCGAUCAACGGUUCAUGUAACCCCCGUCGUACGUGGACACGGAAGUCUUGAGGAUGAAGCCCCGAAGGCUGGUUCAGAAGAUGGUUCCUGUUGUCGUAAUCUUUACAUCCUACAGCCAGACCUCCUCGUGAAGAUUUUGAAGAGGUGUAAUCAGGAGUGAGGUCUUUUCCUUCCGCUGCUCCCCGUGGAAAGGUGGUUUUUAAGAAGGAUUCGAACCCAAGUCACUGGCCUGCUUGGCGAUGCAUUUGGAGAAUUUAAGAAGGCCCCGUAAUUGGACUAUUUAGGAUUAUUGCCUUACCCCUCGAAAUAAUUUAUUUGCUCUAGCGAUACUGGGGCAAACACACGUCUUGGCUGUGGUGUUAAGAUUGUUUUGGCUUAACUUUGCUUCCAAAUAAAAAUUGUAAAUAUAUCACUUUUACUGAAAGAA